AUGCUUGGACCCGAAGCGGCUAAAGAAAUAGCCAAAAUCCCUCUCUCAGAUAACACGAUUUCCAGACGUAUUGAUGAGAUGUCUGCAGACAUCGAAAGUUUGGUUUUGGACAAGAUCCGUAUCAGUAAUAAAUUUGCGUUGCAACUUGAUGAGUCUACUGAUAUAAGUGGACAUGCUCAACUCUUGGCCAAUGUGCGUUUUGUGGAUGGAGACGCAAUCAGAGAAAACUUUCUAUUUUGCAAGGUUUUGCCAGAAAAAACAACAGGAGAGGAAAUUUUUCGGGUCACAUCAGAAUAUCUGGAAAAAGGAGGACUUAAGUGGGAAAACUGCACGAGUGUCUGCACUGAUGGAGCUGCAGCCAUGGUCGGGCGCACCAAAGGCUUUGUAAGCAGAGUGAAGGAAAAAAAUCCAGAUGUGAUCAUUACGCACUGUUUUUUACACCGCGAAGCCCUCGUAGCCAAGACUUUACCAGCAGACCUCGUUCCUGUGUUGGAUAAUGCUGUGCGCAUGGUAAACUUUGUGAAGUCACGACCUCUGAAAAGUCGCAUAUUUGCGGCUCUGUGUGAGGAAAUGGGAGCGGAGCAUAAAGCCUUGCUGUUUCAUACGGAGGUCCGAUGGUUUUCGCGCGGCAAGGUGCUGGCCCGUGUGUAUGAGCUGCGAGAGGAACUUAAAGUGUUUCUGACAAAUGAGGGGUCCGAUUACGCAAAGCUGCUUGCAAGUGAUGAGUGGUGUGCAAGGCUGGCAUACCUGGCAGAUAUUUUUCAUCAUCUGAAUGAGCUGAACACACGAAUGCAAGGGCGAAAUGAAAACCUGCUUACAAGUACAGAUAAAAUAAAUGGAUUCCAUUCAAAGGUGCAACUCUGGCAGCAACAUGUGGAAAGUGGCAAUCUUGAAAUGUUCCCACUCACCGAUAAAUGGAAAGAUGUUAAUACUGCUGUACUGUGUGAGCUAAUAGCUAAACAUUUGAAAACUCUUCAGGAGAAGAUGUCAUUUUAUUUCUCUUCAGCCUCCACGGAGUGCCUUGACUGGGUUAGGGACCCAUUCAGCUCAGCAUCAGCUGUUGGAAAGGACAUGACUUUACAGGAGCAACUAACUGAACUGAGAGAAGAUCGUGGUCUCAAGCUAAACUUUGCUGAUCUACCUUUGGACAGUUUUUGGUUGGCAGCUGUCAAGGAGUUCCCCAUGCUGGCCAACAAAGCUAUUUUGACAUUGCUCCCAUUUUCCACAACAUAUCUGUGUGAGGUGAGCUUUUCAAGCCUGACUGCUGUAAAAUCUAAAAACAGAGAAAGACUGAGAGCUGUGGAGGAAGAUCUUCGUGUGUGUCUUUCAUCGAUUCCUGCCAGGAUAUCAGCUCUGUGUUCAUCCAAACAGGCCCAGGGUUCACACUGA